AUGUCAUCAAUAAAUCUUUUCGCUUUGCUCUCCCUUCUUCCCCUUCUCACUCUCGCUUCAAUAGAUUUAACACCAAGAUGGCGAGAUCCCGCUGCUCCGCCAUUAGGUAUGAGGAAGAGGGAUGUGAACGGUACCACCACUCCACUUAAUUUCGAGAGUGUAGGAGAUACAGGUGUCAGUGCGCAAAUGGUGUUCUUGGGUAAUAACAAGAAGAUCUACGUAUUGGAUAAAACAGAGAAUAACCCUGUAGAAAUCACUGGCCAAUAUGGUACUCAUCCCGCUUGGGCUACAGAGUACGAUAUCGAGUCAAACGAGUACCGAACCAUGGAUGUGUUUUCAAAUACUUUCUGCGCAGGUGGUGGUGUUUUGGGUAACGGUACUUGGGUAGUGUUUGGCGGUAACCAACCCGUAACUACUGGUGGUGUCGCUUCCACUGAUGCCGCGGCAUAUUCAGAUACUGAUGGUGGUACCGCCAUCCGAAUGUUGAACCCUUGUACCGACGAGUCGUGUGAAUAUAUUCAAGGAGAGGGCUCAUACUCCACCUCAGCGCAAAAUACCGGAGGAUGGCUUCAAAUGACCGGCAGACGAUGGUACCCUAUGGUAGAAGCUUUACCGGAUGGAUCGUUGAUUAUUAUUGGUGGUGACAAGAACGGUGGAUACGUGAACACUCAAGCACAAGACAAUCCAACUUACGAGUUCUUCCCUCCUCGUUCUGGUGACCCUGUCGAUUUGCAAUUCCUCGCCGACACUCUUCCCGUCAACCUUUACGCUUUGACAUGGUUGAUGCCCUCUGGUAAACUAUUCAUGCAAGCUAACCGAAAAUCCAUUCUGUACGAUUACAAUAAGAAGACAACUACCGACCUCGCCGACAUGCCUUACGCCACCCGUGUCUACCCCGCCUCAGCUGCUACAGCUAUGCUUCCCCUUAUCCCCGAUAACGGUUACGCCGCUACUCUCCUUUUCUGCGGUGGAUCAGCUACCACCCAGUGGGGUAACGAUGGUACCGCUGGCUACAACGUCACUGCCGUGGCCGCCGACGAUACCUGUGUCAGAAUUACUCCCGAAGGUAGCACCGAUCCCCAGUACGAGGAUGACGAUUACAUGUUCGAGGGAAGAAGUAUGGGUCAAUUCGUGAUCUUACCCGAUGGUACUUUCUGGAUGGGUAACGGUGUUGGUAUGGGAACUGCUGGUUAUGGUGAUGAUGGAUAUUCCGUUGGUCAAUCAUACGGUCAAGCCCCUAUUUACAUGCCCGCUAUAUACAACGCAUCAGCACCUCUAGGAGGUCGAUGGAACCGAACUGGUUUAGUCGCUUCCACCAACGAACGAAUGUACCACUCCGUUGCAAUCCUCUUACCAGACGGCAGUCUGUUCAUUGCCGGAUCCAAUCCCAACAAAGAUUUCACCACUGCUCAAUGGCGAUCAAGAACCGAUUCUGAAAGAUGGUAUCCUUGGUACUACAACGAACAACGACCAACCUACGAUGGAUUCCCAUCUACUCUCUCAUACGGUGGAUCAUCGUUCAACAUUACCUUGACUGGGACAGACGAAGCCACAGCUCAAAACACCAAGAUCGUAGUCAUCCGAGGUGGAUUUAACACACAUGCUAUUGGAUUCGGACAAAGGUACCUUCAAUUGAAUUCAACCUACUCCGUCGAUAUGAACACUGGUAACACGACACAUAUCGUCUCCCAAAUGCCUGGAACAAAUGGACCAAACCUUUUCCAACCUGGUCCAGCAAUGUUCUUCGUAGUUGUAAAUGGCGUACCAUCACAAGGUGAAUUUGUCAUGGUCGGUUCAGGUCAAGUCGAAACCCAAAACACAACGACAAACGAUCCUUUACCAUCCUCAACUGUGAUAGCAGUUCCAAUACCCUCAAAUACGACCACUGAAGGUACAGCAGCGACUACUCAAGCCGCAGCUAAAUCCUCUGCUUCUCCAGUAAUGAUCGCUGGGCUAUCAACUUCAAUCGUCGCAGCUUUGAUAGCUUUCGCAUCAUUACUAUGA